CCAUACUUUCGGUUUCCGCCCACUACUACGUAACCUGACUGGAGUGAAAUCUUACGAAACGUAAACAUUUGUGUUAUUUCUUAGGAUAAAGCGAGAUAAAGUUUGACAUUUUGUGAAAGAAACAUGUCCAUGUACAGGAACGCCGUGUGGUUUAUGAAAGGACUACAAGAAUACACCAAGAGCGGCUAUGAGGCGGCCGCCAAGACUUUUGUGGUGUCUGACCUGGACGUGAACUUGACUGGUCGCGCCUUCCUGAUCACGGGAGCCAAUAGCGGCCUGGGCAAAGCCACUGCGCAGGAAAUCGCCAGCAGAGGGGGAACUGUGCACAUGGUGUGUCGCGACAAAGGGCGAGCAGAAGCUGCUAAGCAGGAAAUCAUGGAGUUGAGUAAAAACCAGAACGUUUACAUUCACAUCGUAGACAUGUCCAGUGCCAGACAAGUGUGGGAAUUUGCACAGAAUUUCUCACAGAGUAAUGACCUACACGUGUUGAUCAAUAACGCAGGCUGUAUGGUCAACCAGCGCGAGCUGACCGAGGAAGGUUUAGAGAAGAACUUUGCUACAAAUACGCUUGGUACGUACAUCCUCACCAGUGCACUUAUACCUGCUCUGAAGAAGACUCAGGAUCCCAGAGUGGUGACGGUGUCGUCAGGUGGCAUGCUCACUCAGAAGCUCAACGUGGACGACCUGCAGUUUGAGAAGGGAGCCUUUGACGGCACCAUGGCCUACGCUCAGAACAAAAGGCAACAGGUAAUACUGACCGAGAGAUGGGCCGCGCAGCACAAAGACAUCCACUUUUACUCCAUGCACCCGGGAUGGGCUGACACGCCGGCCGUGAAGUUGUCCAUGCCGUCCUUCCACGCCAAGAUGCAGAACAAACUCCGCACGGAGGCCAUGGGUGCCGACACGGUAGUAUGGCUGGCUGUGUCCGAGGCUGCCGCAAAGCAGCCCAGCGGACUCUUCUUUCAAGAUCGGCGUGCUGUGGCCAUGCACUUGCCGCUGGCCUGGUCCAAGUCCACCACGCAGGACCAAGACAAGCUGCUGGCGGCACUCCAUGAGUUAGCACUAAAGUUAAAAUCUUGAUGGUCUUUUAAAAUUAUUCUUAAACACUCCUCAAUUCAUAUUUACAUUGUCUCUUGUGCUAAUUGCCAUGAACCAAAUAUGAAAUAAUCAUAUUUUUUAAAUUAUCUGCUGAUAUUCGCGGUCUUUCUCGAUUUAAUUCUUAGUUAAUGGAACUGAAUGUACUUUUAAACUUGAAAUGUUGACCAAUGUAUAAUAAAACUACUCACGUCCAUA